CUCCAUCUUUCUCCUCCACAUACUGAGGAUGACCAAACUUGGCCACAAAAGUUACAUCUCUACAUCAAAAUAACAGGGAUAAGAACAAACAACAUUGCCGAGCAGACACAACAAGUCAACUUCAUCCUAACCAUCCUCUAAUAACACCCUCUCCAAGACAUUGCUUGCUAAUAAUGGCAUUACUGCAUUAGUUCAAGCCUUUAUUAAGGCAGUGCCACACAAACUUUAAGGUAAAUCAAACUAAACAUGAAGUAAAAAACAGAACCCUAUUUGGCACAUAGUAGAGAGCUAGCUAGCUAGACACACCCCAGCUAUAAAGCUCUACCCUUAUCCGCACACUGCAGUACCAACUCAACACAUUUUACCUCUGGCUUUGAGAUUUUAGUGAGAGAGAAAACAAAGCUUUAGUGAGAGGAACAACAAUGGAGGGUAAGGAAGAGGAUGUCAAUGUAGGAGCCACCAAGUUCCCAGAGAGACAACCUUUGGGGACAUCAGCUCAGACACACAAGGACUACAAGGAGCCACCACCAGCUCCAUUGUUUGAGGCUCAUGAGCUCACUUCAUGGUCUUUCUAUAGAGCUGGGAUUGCUGAGUUUGUGGCCACUUUCUUGUUCCUCUACAUCACUGUGUUGACUGUUAUGGGGGUCAACAGAGCACCAUCCAAGUGUGCCUCUGUGGGUACUCAGGGAAUUGCUUGGGCUUUUGGUGGUAUGAUAUUUGCUCUGGUAUACUGCACUGCUGGUAUCUCAGGUGGACACAUCAACCCUGCUGUGACCUUUGGUCUGUUCCUAGCAAGGAAGCUCUCCCUCACCCGAGCUGUGUUCUACAUAAUCAUGCAGACCCUUGGAGCCAUUGCUGGUGCUGGAGUUGUGAAGGGCUUCGACAAGACCCAGUAUGAGCUUCUGGGUGGUGGAGCCAACUAUGUGAACCAUGGCUACACCAAGGGUGAUGGCCUUGGGGCUGAGAUUGUUGGCACCUUUGUGCUUGUUUACACUGUCUUCUCUGCUACUGAUGCUAAGAGGAAAGCAAGAGAUUCUCAUGUUCCCAUUUUGGCUCCUCUUCCAAUUGGGUUUGCAGUGUUCCUGGUUCACUUGGCUACCAUCCCCAUUACAGGAACUGGCAUCAACCCUGCCAGGAGUCUAGGAGCUGCCAUCAUCUAUGACAAGGAGCGUGCUUGGGAUGACCAGUGGAUCUUCUGGGUUGGACCAUUCAUUGGUGCUGCACUUGCCGCUUUCUACCACAUGGUUGUCAUCAGGGCCAUUCCUUUCAAGUCCAGGGCGUAAUCUUCCUCAGCGACUCACUCUAGCUAGCUCUGUGUACCUUUCAAGUCC